AUGGAGACGGGCGGGGGCCGGUUCGGGGUGUCGGAGACCCUGGGGGCCCUGAACGCGGCGCUGAAGAAGGAACCCGGCCCCCCCGCCUCCGUCUGGUUCAAGGAGAGCAGCGCCCGGAACCUGCGGAGCCGCGAUUUCCUGGCCCCCCAGGCCGCGCUGCGGCCUCUGUUCGCGGGGGGGCAGGUUCCCAAAGACAUCAUAGAAGAUGUGAUUUCACUAAAAUGCCCUGGAGUACCACCUCUCCAGAGCUGCCAGCAGACCGCACUGGGGCUGACUGUUCAGUUACAGAGACCUGCUGCCUUCCAGCAGGUCCUGAAUUCUAUUGCUGAGUUCACAAAGCCUUCCCAGUCAGCAAGUGCGCAGAGUAUCAUCCUCAACUGCACACCCCUCCGGAGCCGGAGAAGCCUGGACAUGCUUAGCCUGAGCAAUCUGAGAGCCAUUCUAGUAACUGACCACUUGGCUGAAGUGCUCAGAAUACAGGGGAUGAAUGUCCACCUGGUUCCUGCUGUGCCUGACGAAGGAAUCCAGAAGUUCCUGCACCAGCUGAGAGUUGACUGGCCCUCAGAGUUGGAAACGACAUUCAUUCCUGAGGAUGUUUUGGCCUUGAAGCAAGUCCUCAGCCAGUGCCCUCAUGCUACAGUCCCAGGACCGGAGCCAGGGCAGACAAGGCUGGCUGAUGAUGUCAUAUUUAAAGUGCAUUUGAAAAACUUCCUGGCGCAGCAGAGCUUGGAGGGCUAUGACCCCAACCUAGAUGUCUGUCUUGUGACUGAGGAGAAACUGCGGGUCCUGGCAGAGCUGCGACAGAUGGCCCUGCGCUGUGCGGGCACGGGGCCGGGAGGCUGCUGCAGGGUGGUGCAUGUGGUGAGCUGUGAGGGCGAGUUUCAGCAGCAGCAGGUGGAUUUGCUCUGGAGGAUGUUGGACCUGGGAGCUCACACAGCCUUGCAGAAACACCUCGUCUGUGGGCCAGUGAAGGUGGCUAACUCCCCCCCUCCUGUGGGGGCACCCCAGUACUUCCAGCUCCGCAGGUGCCAGAUGUACGAAGCCUCGGUCAUGAAGUAUGGAGACCUUGUUCAGGAUGACUCUUGGACUGAGAUCAUCAGCGUCUUGACAUCAGCUGCCAUCAGGUUUGAAAUGCUGAGUACAGCCCAUCAGAGUCAGAUUAUCCUCGACCUGGAGGACAGCAGCAUCUCCACAAAGGGGACGAAAAGCGGAGCCUUUGUGAUGUACAACUGCGCUCGGCUUGCUACGCUCUUCAAAACAUACCAGCAGGCUGUGGAACAAGGUGCAUACCCGGCCUUCCCCCCAGCAUCAGAACUCAACUUCUCCCUGCUCAGAGAAGAGGGCGAAUGGCUUUUGCUGUUCAACUACAUCCUUCCCUUCCCAGAGACCCUGAGCCAGGCAGCACAACUGCCCCUCUCCAGCAAAGGGACUCGAAUCACAGCCAGCACGGAGGCGGUGUGCAAGUUCCUGAUCCACCUGAGCAUGGACUUCAGCUCCUACUACAACCGCGUUCACAUCCUGGGGGAGCCACUGCCUCACUUGUUCAGCCAGAUGUUUGCUCGGCUACAGCUGAUGAGAGGAGUGAGAGACAUAAUCCACAGGGCCCUGGCUACCCUCCACCUGCCUCCGCUCAGCCAGAUCUGAGCCCUGCGGCCACCACACGAGUGCCAAACGGGGAGCGCAGAGUCUGUUCUGAAGCUGUUGUUAGGAGUUAAAGGGUUAAC